AUGGCUAUCGAAACUGCAUUGUCUUACGCUGCUUUAAUCUUAGCAGACUCAGAUAUUGAAAUUACCGCUGAAAAGUUGGCUACCUUGACCGCCAAAGCUAAUGUUGAUGUUGAACUGAUCUGGACUGAUAUUUAUGCCAAGGCUUUAGAGGGAAGAGACUUGAAGGACUUGUUCUUCAACAUCUCUUCAGCCCCUGCUGCUGGUGCCGCUGCUCCUGCUGCUGCUAAUGGUUCUGCUGCUGAAGAAGCUGCUGAAGAAGCUAAAGAGGAAGAAGCAAAGGAGGAAUCCGACGAUGACAUGGGUUUCGGUUUGUUUGAUUAA